CAUCUCGGACACCAUGGCCGUGUCAGGUGACCACACAUUUGGCUUACCUAGCAAACAGGGCGAGUUGACAGCUGCGGAGUUGAUUUGCGGUACAAUCCCUCGUCAAUUGGCUGGCUUGCCCACCGAUGAUGAUGAUGCUACUGUGACUCGGACGAAUUCUGAAAAUGGGUGUGUGAAUUUUCAGCAGCGCGUCGACUGCCUAAUGCCUGUGGUUCAUCACACAUUGAGGAAUGCAUCGUUCUCCCGCGGAUCAGAUAUUACUGCAGCUUUGUGUCACUUGUCAAAUGGGGAAGAUCUCAUUUCAAUGGUGGAUGCGCGGGAGUUACUCCUUCAUUUUGAAGUUCCACUUGACGAGGAGCUUACUGAACAAAUUUUUGACCUGGUCAUGGUUGAAGCACCUGACAAAAUUAUGGAAAAUGCAAUGAAAAAGGCUGAGACCUCCAGGCUGGAGAAUCAGAUCGUUUUCAAAUCGCGUUCUAAUGAGGAUGCUUUCCGAUGGGCUGUGGAUUGGCGCCUCCUAGCCGCGUUCUUAGAUUGGAAAAGAAAUCCAAUUGAAAGAGAAAGACUACGUGAAUGUGGUUGUCAAGAAACUUUGAACGCCAAAUCGGAUAAAAAUGAAGUUGCCGAAGCGGUGAAGCGCCGAAUACGGCGUGCCAUUGAUGCCAAUGUGAAGACAUACACCCUGAGCAGUGAACAGUACUCAGGUGAUCGGGACGGAUUGCUAAACCCGGAGUGUUGGGCACGAUUAGGGUCUCAGUCUGUGCGACGAAAGGUACCUGUUCCAAAAGUUAAGCGUACCCUUGAUUACACUAAUUAUGGGGAUGAAACUACUAUACGCUCUCUGCUGCAACCAAGUAUAUACGCAGAAUACGGAUUGUCGUCACAUGAUUUGCUGCUGCCGCGGACCAAGCAAGAGCUACGUUCGAUUAUGGACAAAUGCGGUUUAACUGAAAAGUACAAUUUGGGAAACAAAUUUGACCAAAUAUGGAGCAAGUCGCUGCAACUGGACAAGGUCGUGGGUAAAGAUACUGUUUCAGAGGAUGGCUCAACAGCGAGUUUGCAUGCCUUCAGGGAGGCCUUGCUAGAAGAUCGGGCGGAGGAGAUUCGUAAACAGUUCGAUGUAUAUUACUCUAACCUGUGUUGUUAGCGUGACCUCGGUCAAUACGGUGCACUCAUGUCUGGGUUGCAGUUGACAUACCCAGAUUAAGCUUUCUUUUUAGGCGACAUCUGGUGUUCACACUACGAUUGCUUUCAAUAAAGCACUAAUUAACCUGGAACUUUUUACGAACAUGCCAUAUGAUAUUUUCAAAAUAACUGAAUCCAUGUUUCCCCAUUGUGCGCUAACUUUUACGUAAA